AUGGCGGGAAGCGAGCCACGCAGCGGAGCCAGCUCCCCGCCGCCGGCCGCCAGCGACUGGGGCCGCCUGGAGGCCGCCAUCCUCAGCGGCUGGAGGAACUUCUGGCAGUCGGUGGGUAAGGAGAGGGCGGCGAGGCCGGCCGCUCGCGAGGAGGCGGAGGAGGAGGCCAGCUCCCUGAGUCGGCUGCCGAUCGACGUACAGCUUUACAUAUUGUCGUUUCUCUCCCCUCAUGAUCUGUGUCAGCUGGGAAGCACGAAUCAUUACUGGAAUGAAACGGUACGAGAUCCAAUUCUGUGGAGAUUUUUUCUCUUGCGAGAUCUUCCUAGGUGGUCUUCUGUUGACUGGAAGUCGCUUCCAGAUCUAGAAAUCGUGAAAAAGCCCAUCUCUGCGGUCACUGACAGUGCAUGUUUUGACUACAUGGCCGUCUAUAAAAUGUGCUGUCCAUAUACAAGAAGAGCCUUGAAAUCCAGCCGCCCUGUGUAUGGAGCUGUCACCUCUUUUUUGCACUCAUUGAUCAUUCAGAACGAGCCCCGGUUUGCUAUGUUUGGACCAGGUUUGGAAGAACUGAAUACAUCUUUGGUGUUGAGCUUGAUGUCUUCUGAGGAACUUUGCCCGACAGCUGGUUUGCCACAGAGGCAGAUUGAUGGUAUUGGAUCAGGAGUCAGUUUUCAGUUGAGCAACCAACAUAAAUUCAACAUCCUGAUAUUAUAUUCAACUACCAGAAAAGAGAGAGACAGAGCAAGAGAAGAGCAUACAAGUGCAGUUAACAAGAUGUUCAGUGUACAGAGUGAAGGAGAUGAUCAGCAAGGAAGCCGGUACAGUGUGAUUCCACAAAUUCAGAAGGUGUGUGAAGUUGUGGAUGGGUUCAUCUACGUUGCAAAUGCUGAAGCUCAUAAAAGACACGAAUGGCAAGAUGAAUAUUCUCGUAUUAUUGCGAUGACAGAUCCAGCCUUUGGGUCUUCAGGCAGACCCAUGCUGGUUUUAUCUUGUAUUUCUCAAGCAAGUAUCAAAAGAAUGCCCUGUUUUUAUUUGGCCCAUGAGUUGCGUCUGAAUCUUCUAAACCACCCAUGGAUGGUCCAGGAUACAGAGGCUGAAAGUCUCACUGGCUUUUUGAAUGGCAUCGAGUGGAUUCUUGAAGAAGUGGAAUCUAAGCAUGCAAAAUGAUUCUCCUUUUGGACCGGAACCAUUCGACCUGUAUUACUGAUGCCAUGAUGUGGAUUUUUGCUCAGUUAGCUUACUUUAUCCUGCCCUUUUGCAGGUGGGCUUUGUAUUGGACAGUUGUAGCUGCUAUGUUUUUGAUAUUAUUUUUACUUUGUACCUUAAAUCAAUUAUAAGAAGAGUUUCAGUCUUACUAUUUAGCCUCCAAAUGAACCUAUAAGCAUGUUUUUUGAUAAUUUUUAUAUUUCCUGUCUUUUUACAAUAUUAAAUUGUGGGGAAAAUAAAGUU